AUGCUGCACGAUCUGAGUUGCAAUGCAAAAGUCCCGCACAUGGAAUGGAAUGCAUUCGAGGAAGUUGGAUCCAUCAGGGCAUCAAAGGAAGCAGCCGGAUCUAUCGAGGAGUCAAAGAAGAAGUUGUCCGAAAAACUCAACGCCCAUGCGGGGAAAUCUAAACCUGCUAAAGAAAUAUGGUGUAAGCUUCGUCACCUGUCCAAACGCGAAAUCUCGAAAGCUGAAGAUGCCUGGAAGAAAGGUUUCAGACGUUACUUCGAUCCUACGGAAGAAGAGAUGAACGGGGCGCGAGAAUCAUUGGCAAAGCAUGGACUAGAUACCAUGAACGACGAGCUCAAGGCAGCAGCAGGCGGUGUACUUGAUCGGAUGAUGGAUAGGUUCCUUCAGAGUUUCAAUUUCGAUGAAUAUAAUCACACAAGACAAUGGGUCUGGAAACAUGACAUCGAUACUAUCGUUCGCAAGGCGAAGUCUGAAUCUUUGGGGAUCCUUAAAGUGUUGGUUGCUUCCAGAUGGAACGAGAAUGAUGCCGGAGUUGACAAUGAGAUUGUCGAAGACAAAGAUUGCGUUGAUGUUGACUCCCUGAGCCCUUUGGUGGUCGAACCCGAGAAUUUUCUCGGAAAAGUCAAGACAUUUUUUAAGGGGACCCAAACCCCUCAACAGAGGCGGGAAGAAGCGAUGCUUAAGCUCUCCACAAUUGGACGCUGGUGCAAUGUCUCUGAUAGCGAUACACUGAUCACUCCGUUACAGUUCAAGUCCAAGUGGGAGUCAUUUGAAAAUCAAAUCAGACUCUCCAUCUCCCAGGCUAAGACACAGCAGAAAGAGGCAAAAAAUCGAUGGAAAAUAUAG